AUGGUCGCCUCUACUCCGGGUGCUAAUGAUGCUCCCUCGGCCGUCGGCCUCUUCCCGGCCUCGUACGUUGGCCCGUAUGUUGAGCCUGAAGUGCCAGCUGCUGCUCCCCAGCCAGUGCCCGAGCCGACUGCUGCUCCCGAGCCAGUGCCCGAGCCAGUGCCCGAGCCAGUGCCCGAUCCAGCUGCCAUCCCCGUCCUCGAGCCUGCUACCCCUGCGGCCGAUCCGGCUCCUCCUGCGGCCGAUCCGGCUCCUCCUGCGGCCGAUCCGGCUCCCCCUGCUGCCGAUCCGGCCCCCCCUGCUCUGCCGGACAUGUCGGAUCUCGAUGCACUCGACGCAAUGAUGUCGACCGAGGACAUGCCGCCACCGCCACCGCCGGACACGUCGGAUCUCGACGGGCUGCUGCCGCCGGACGUGCCCGACGAACUGGACGAGUUUAUGCCGCCGCCGCCGGACAUGACCGACCUCGCCAACCCGAUCGAUCUACCGCCUCCGCCGGUCAUCUCAAACUACGGUGUCGAGACUCAGGUCACGAUUCCGGACGUGCUGCCGGCAGACAUUCCGCGGGUGCAGACGAUGAUGAUUGAUCCGUCGGUGACGAGCGGUAUGGCGCUGGUCGCGGAGCCUGUGGCACGCAAGGCGCGCAAGUACCGAUUCGAGCCGCUCCGUGGCCGGCCCAUCCCGCCGCCACCGCCACAUGUCGACCCUUCGUACCGGCCGCGUAAGAUCCGCGGCGUGGUCCGCAAGCGCGCCAAGGGCUUCCCCAUCGUCAAGGAGCCGUCAUUCCUUCGCACUGCCCUCACCGAUGUCGACGGGCCGGAGCUCCCGACCGAGCCGAUGUGCAUGGUUGUCUCUGGCGACUCGGCCUUUUCGUUCUCAGUCUACCUCAACACGCUCUUUGACUCGUACGAGCUCGGCGAGGCGGUGCCGUCGCCGCACGCCGCGCCGCUCAUGCCGGCGCCGUUGUCGUGCUUCCAGAUCUACCCGAGCGAGGUGGACGACCUCAAGGACGAGCCCGAGCCCGAGCCCGAGGCCGCCGACGCCUCCGAGCCGCAGGGCGACGACGACUCGCUCUCGGCCCUUCCGCCGCAGGAGACCAUUGACAGCGCUGGACCAUCAUCACCGGUCGGGCCGCCGCUCCUCGACGAGCGCGGCUCGCUCGCGCUCACGGGCCCGCUCUCGCUCGAGUCGCUCGCCGCACGCGCCUCCGAGGCCCAGGAGCGCGCCGCGCGAAAGUACCGCGCUGGCGCCGUCGUCGGCGCAGUCGAUCCGCAGCAGGCCGCCGCCUACUCGCCACUUGCUGCCGCACAUUCGCGCUUUCUCCUUGCCAACGACGCGCCGUCGACGUCCAAACCCAUGGGCCUCGCUGUUUUUGUCCCGUGCACCGCGUCACGGACCACCAUUCGCCUCUUUCCGUCGUCGCCGGUCGCCGAGGCCCAUGCCCUUGUCUGCCGCACUUUCCGAGUCAAGGAUCCGGACGCUGUUGGCCUCGCGGCUGUCCAGGACGGACGGAUGGCGUGGCUGCCGAUGGAUGCGACGCUUGUCGACGCCGGCGUCCGUCCCGGCGACCAGCUCAACCUCAUGCUCCGCGAGCGCAUCGGCUCCAUCCGUGUCGUCAUGGUCCACGAGGCCAGCGCCGCCGUCCACCUCUGGUUCGACCACCGGACCACCGUUGCUGCCGCCCUAGAGGCUGUCCGCGAGCAGGCCAUCGGCAUCUCGCCCGGCGAGCUUGUCGACUAUGGCCUCUUUCUCAACGGCGAGUUUGUGUUCAUGGAACCGGAGCGGACGCUCUCCUCGUACGAGCUCUUCACCUCGGACACGCUCGAGUUCCGGCGGUUUGACUCGUGGCCGCCGCCACCGUCGGUGCACAAGCCGCUGCUCCUCAAGAUUGACAUCGACAUUCCAGGCCAGUCGGGCGCAACCAAGCUCCGCUUCGACCGCGGCCACUCGGUUGGCGCCAUGCUCCUCAUCAUUGCCCGCAAGUUCCGCGUCGCCUCGCUCCGCCACCAUGGCCUCUUUGUCGCGCCAUCCGAGUCGCACCCGGGCUAUUGGCUCAACCCGUACUCGCGGCUCUCGACCUAUCGCCUCUCGCUCAAGAAGCGUAUUUCCUUCCGCCCACGCUUUGCCCCGCUUCGCGUCGCCCUCGCCAACGACCUUGUGCUGGAGGCCGCUGUCCCACCUGACAUCACCGUGCUCGAGGUCGAGAACAUGAUUCGCAAGUCGGAGCUCCUGCCCAUGCCGCCCGGCCGCUCGCACUCGAUGUUCCUUCCCAUCUCGCACAACAAGUGGGACUCACCGAUCACCAUCACCUCGGCGCUCUCCUCGCUCCAGCUCGCCCCGCACGAGUACCUUACCUACGCGUGCACCCCGUUCUCCAUUUCUAUCCGCUCCGUCGCCUCGGGUGAGACCGUUGAGACUAAGGUCUCGCCGACCUGGCCGGCGCUGCGGGUGGUCCAGUACGCGGCCCGCGUUUUUGGCGAGGCCUCGCCGCAGCACCUGUACCUCUCUACAGGCGACUCGGAGUUCCUCCCGUUCGAGGCGACCCUGGCCGAGCUCGGUGUCACACAUGGCACCGUUGUCGACGUUCAGGUGUUCCCGUCCGACGUCAUCGCAGCACACUGCGACCCACCGCCAGCCCCGCGCUCGCGCAACGACGUCAACAUCUGGCACGAGCCGCAAGACUCGGAGGACAACAUUCUGUUUGCCGAAGCCAAGUCUGCAGACACUGGCCUGCCCGAGAUCGAGGCUGCGUCGCUCAACAAGCUCGUCGAGCGGCUGACCUACCCCGACUCGCACGACAUCAAGUUCCAGGACGCCUUUCUCCUCACCUUUGAGUCGUUUACCACGCCCGAGAUGCUCUUCCGCAAGCUCGUCGAGCGGUACCACGUGCCCAAGCUCGAGUCGGAGGACCUUGGAACCUACGCAGCGCGGACGCGGAAGAUCCGGCUCCGCAUCCUCAACGUCUUCAAAAAGUGGCUCCCGUCGGGCUACUCGGACUUUUCAACCCCGCUGCAGGCCUUUGUCCUCAAGUUCAUCAAGCAGGUCCUCGCCGAGGACCAAACGGCCUCGCUCGCGUCGUCGGUCUUCCUCAAGACCCGCCGCCGCCCGCGGACUACUGCCGCCGAACUCGAGACGCCGCCCAUCAUCCCGCCCAAGUCGGUCUCGGACCCGCCGUCGGUGUGGGACUACGACGAGGAGGAGAUUGCCCGCCAGCUCACCCUCAUCAUGUUCGACAUGUACUCGUCCAUUCGCCCUGCAGAGUUCCUCAACCAAGCGUGGGCCAAGGAAAAGUACCACCACAAGGCGCAGAACCUGCUCCGGUUCAUCGACCUCUUCAACUCGAUCGGAAUGUGGCUCGUGGAAGAGCUGGUCAAGCGCGAGACGCUCAAGGCCCGCUCGGCUCUCCUCAACCGCAUCGUCACGCUCUGUGACCAUCUGCGCCGGCUCAACAACUUCUUUGGCCUCAUUGCCGUCCUCGGGGCCAUCAAUAACUCGGCCAUUCUCCGCCUCAAGUUUACCCGUGCCGGUCUCUCUCGCAACAACAAGCGAGUUCUUGCGGAGCUCGAGGAGCUCCUCUCGCCAGACUCGGCGUACAAGGCAUACCAGGCGUACCUGGCCAAGGUUGAUCCGCCGGCCAUUCCUAUCCUCAGCCUCCCGCUGCAGGACCUGACCAUGGUUGACGAGGGCAACGAGGACUACAUCAAGGGCCUCAUCAACUUUGGCAAGCGCGGCAUGGAAGUUGCCCUCAUUGCCAAGAUCGCCCUCUACCAGAACUCUGACUACCUCUUUGAGACCGAGGAGUUCCUCGCCAGCGCUCUCCUCAAGGACUGCAAGCCGUCCGUCGAUGAGCGGACCAUGUACGCCAUGUCGCUGGAGCGCGAGCCGCGUGGGACCGAGUCCAAGUCGCAGCUCAAAUAA